AGACCGAGGUUCCGGCGGACUCCCUCGAGGUACAGCACAUCAGAAUACAUGGUGCCGAUUCCCCAGAGCCCAACGCAGAUGUCGCUUCGACACAGGGACACGGGGUUCCCAGAGUCGUUUUGCGGCAGUCGGAAUACAACACUACCACACCCCGAAGCGAAUCUCAGCCCCGAUGCCUGCAUCACCGAGGAAGACGUGAACCCGGCACGGGCCCUCAUUAGAUACCGAAUGUCGUUCAUGACCCAGCAGUCUGGUAGUCGGUCCUCCACGUUUAGCGACCAGACUUUCAACGGAUCCGUGGAGGAAGGGACCCUUUCCGCGCUCGGCCGGCUCGCCAUCAACUCACUGCGGACGGGCGAACUUCCCAGUCUCGAUGGGUGUCUGUUGUCCAAGGACGCCGAUAUUUAUGAGUCGUCGGACGGCAUGAGCAGCAGGGAUCCGGAGUCGCCGCUGCGGAAUGGGAAGGAGUUUGAUCAGGCCAAGACCCUACCACGAGAUGCGGUGCGGGGCCGUCGAGGACACCGGCGGCACCGAAGCAGCUUCAUGAGCCGGCUCAUCCAUAGGUAGGCGAGCCAGCCGCCAGAUGAUGGGAGUUGCUGGUGGGUUCUGCUAUGGGCUUUCAAAGCAUACCAUGAGAAGCGACUUGGGCAUUCACAACGCAUCCGCGGGCGAGGAGUGUUAGGCUUAAUUGCAUAAUCUGGGGAUUGGGGGGGGGGGGGCGGC